GAAACGUUCUACCAACGUCUAAAACAAGAAAAUGAUAUCUACAUUUUCAUUUGGUCAGUUGGUAACGAUCUAUUCAAUCAUUAUCCUUACAUGGGGAUAUUUUGAUUGUCAUGAAUUUUGUGAAAACUUUGAUUUACUUAGUCAAGGAAAAGUAGUUUUCCAAAAUGAUAUAUAUGAAUAUUCUCAUUUUUAUCACUAUUCCCAGUUCAUUCGCUCUAAUCAAUCCUCUCCAAGGAUUAGUGGAACUUUUGAGAAAUUGCUUAUUGAGAAGGAAAUAAAUCUGAAAUUUCCCUUUAGAUUUUACGAUGCUGAUCUCAGUCCAUUCAUUAUAGAUCUUUCUGGUAGAAUUUCUUUGAAAGGACAAGAGUAUUUAAAAGAAAUUUUCAAUUAUAUCUCCGGUUAUGAUCAGUGUGAAGUUGAGAUUUUGAAUGAGGAUGAUACAAUCAAGGCAAUGUACCUGAUACGCUCGAAUGGGAAGAUAUAUUUCUAUUAUGAGAACAUUCCUAGUGGAAUUAAGGAACGCGAUGUUAUAUCGGGCAUUGCUUAUAAUAUCUGGUGUGGGAUCGGAGGCUUGAAAGGGCCUAGUGCAGAAGUUUCUUUUGAAUGGAUCAAAAGUGGAACACUAGUGGAAUAUGACGUUCUCGGGGAUUGUCCAAAUCACAAUUCAAGUGAAGCAUGUCAUGGUGCAACAUCAAGUACAACGUGUAUUUGGUGUGAAAUAGCCGAUAUAUGCAUCACUGGCAAUGGUAAGGAUGUUCAUGUCUUCGAAGUAAAUGGUUGCCAGAUUAAAAACAUGACUACAGAUACAACUGUAGACAUUGGGGAAAGAAAAUCUUCGCAAUACGUGUAUAUCGUUGUACCAUUAGUUAUAUCUUUUCUUAUUGUUUGCAUUGGUUGUGGCAUUUGGCUAUGGUUCCACAGAAGGAAGAGAGUUUAUCCAUAGUCCCCACAUACAGUUUCUCAAUUGUUUUCAUUAAGUUGACAUUGUUCUUUUCAUUUUGUAGUUUAGUAAACACACUUUCUAUUUUUUGUUUAUCAUUUCAAUACAUUAAUGAUUGUUUCAUGGAUUUGCAUAUCACAUUGAUGAUUCUUUACGUAAUGACUGAUGUCACUUUGUUGGUAGAAUAGAAAAAUAUAAUUUUUUG